CACGAUUUCGCGCUUUAACUGAGCAGAUGGCAGCGAUCAAUAUUGACAUCACUGAUUUAUGCUGAUCUUUCAUCUCUUUCAGGAUGGAAAAUUCCUUGUUCUGAGACUCUGUGCUAGUUUUGUGCCAGUAAUACAUUAUUAUGUUAAACUCGGUGUUGUUGAAGAUGAUGAAGGUGUUGGUGUACCUGAUCGCGCUGUGGGGCGCCGCGGGCGGCGCGAGGAGCUGCGGAGAGUCGCGCCGGGUGUACGGAGAGAAACACGAGCUAAACACCGCCCCACACACACACAUCAGCGGUGAGCACCUGCGUCUGUGUCCUCGUGAUUACACCUGCUGUUCCAGUGUGAUGGAGGACACGCUCGCGCGCCAGAGCGAGGCUGAUUUCCUAUCUUCGGUCCAGGACACCAGCCAGUUCCUGCUCACCACCUUCACCCAGAGACACCGCAAGUUUGAUGAGUUUUUCCGGGAGCUGAUGGAUGUGGCAGAGAAGUCGAUGAAUCAGAUGUUCACACAGACGUAUGGUCAUCUGUACACGCAAAACGCUCACAUCUUCCGGCAGCUGUUCGCAGAUCUGCGGCGCUACUACACGGGGGGCAGAGUGAGUUUGGCCGAGGUGCUCUCUGAUUUCUGGGCAGGACUAGUCGAGCGAGUGUUUGCUCUGGUUAACCCUCAGUAUCAGUUCACCGAGGACUAUCUGGAGUGUGUCAGCAAACACGCCGAACAGCUUCAGCCAUUUGGAGACGUGCCACAUAAACUGCACAUUCAGGUGUCGCGAGCGUUAACUGCGGCGCGGUCGUUGGUUCAGAGUUUGGCUGCAGGAAGAGACAUAGUGAACAAAGCGACAAAGCUGACCGUAGGAUCCGAGUGUGUUCGGGCGUUAAUGCGGCAGUGGUUUUGUCCGCUGUGUCGUGGACUUCCUUCCCUCAAGCCCUGUCAUUCGCUGUGCCUGAACGUCAUGAAGGGCUGCCUGGCCAAUCAGGCCGACUUAGACUCUGAAUGGAACAAUUUCAUUGACUCUCUGAUGGUGGUGGUGGAGAAACUUGGCGGGCCGUUUCAUUUCGAGUUGGCCGCAGACUCCAUCGCAGUGAAGGUGUCUGAAGGCAUCAUGUACAUGCAAGAGAACAGCAUUACCAUCUCUGCAAAGGUCUUUCAGGGCUGUGGGAUCCCUCGGCCAACUCCAGCCAGAAACAAACGCUCACCCAGAGAGAGAGACGGCAAGAAAGCCUUCAGGACCUACAGCGCUGAGGAGAAACCCACCACCGCAUCGGGAACAAACCUGGACCGACUGGUGGAGGAGCUACAGGAACGUCUCCGGCCCAUGAGGGGAUUCUGGGUAGCGCUGCCGCACACCAUCUGUAAUGAUGAACGCAAGGCGGCCGACGUGACCAAUGAGGAUCGCUGCUGGAACGGACAGACGCGCGGCAGAUACCUGCCGUCUGUUACAGCCGAUGGUUUGGUGAAUCAGAUUAACAAUCCGGAGAUGGAGGUGGACGUCGCCAGGCCAGACGUCAAAACGCGGCAGUUAAUCAUGGAGUUGCGAGUGGCUGUAAACAGACUGAGACACGCUCAGAACGGACGAGACGCCGAUCUCAUCGACAGUGACGUGGAGGGCGGCAGUGGCUCUGCAGUCGGAGCUGAAGCGGGCGAGCGGUUCAGUGAUGACUGGCCGGCUUACGGCUCGUUCUCACCACCUCGCAACACUGUACCAGUCGACGAGCCACCUCGCCCCCGUGAUGGGCCCCGCCCCAGGGACAGGCCCCGCCCCUGGGACACAUCCAACAAUAAAAGGAACAGGCUAAACGGGCGAACCCGAUCAGAUGCUGGAAGACUCUCCCCUGUUCUGCUGCCGUUUCUUUUCCUUACUGUCUGUUUUUCACUCUCUCUGUCUCACAGCCUUUAACGGAGAUCAAACUCUCACCUGCCCAAACGAGCACAAACACCAGCAGCAGACCCGCACUGCCGGCCUGUAGAAAGUUUCCUUUUUACAUUUGUCCAUUUUUACAAAGCAGCACUGUGCGUCGUGUAGUUCUCUCUGAUUGGUUCGCGGACUGCAGUCAGCUGAUCUCGGACAAUCAAACAGUUCGGACCGAUUUGACACCACUCCUAUAAUCGAGGAAUGUUAGUUCAAUCUGAUUUCUUCCUGUGAUGAUGUUUGUAUAAUAUUGAAUGUACUGUUGAAUGAACUUCGUUUCAUUUGUUGAUUUUAUUGACAUUUAUUUAUUUAUAUAUUUAUUUAGCCUUAUGUUCAGCGUGAGUGUAAUUUAAGUGUGUGAGCACACAAGUGAGUUUUUUUCUCAGUGAAAAUGCUCUAGGCCAGGGCUGCUCAACCCUGCUCAUGGAGAUUUACCUUCCUG